AUGUCGCCCGGCCGGUCGGAGCGGGCCUUUAGGACGGGCAAUGAGCGGCUCUACGAGGCCUACAACGACCUGCACGCUCUGGCCCAGGACUUUGAAAAGCCGUUCGAUGCGCCUGCCAUCCUGGUGGUUGGGCACCAGACGGACGGCAAGUCAGCCCUGGUGGAGGCUCUGAUGGGCUUCCAGUUCAACCACGUGGGAGGCGGCACCAAGACGCGGCGCCCCAUCACCCUGCACAUGAAGUACAACAGCGCCUGCGUGCAGCCGCACUGCUACCUCAUCACGGACGAGUUUGGGGAGCAGGAGGCGACGCUGGAGGAGCUGCAGAACUACAUUGAGAACGAGAAUGCGCGGCUGGACCGUGAGGCUCAGUUCUGGUCCAAGGAGAUUGUGGUGCGCAUCGAGUACAAGUUCUGCCCCAACCUCACCAUCAUCGACACGCCCGGCCUCAUCUCUGCGGCCCCCGGCAAGCGCAACAGCACGCUGCAGAACAGCGCUCGGCAGGUGGAGGCCAUGGUGCGGCAGAAGAUGGAGCAGAAGGAGUACAUCAUUCUGUGCCUGGAGGACUCCAACGACUGGUCCAACGCAACCACGCGCAGGCUGGUGGACCCCAGUCUGUCCCGCACCGUGGUUGUGUCCACCAAGCUGGACACCCGCAUCCCGCAGUUUGCGCGCCCGCACGACGUGGAGAUGUACCUGCGCCCGCCCGCACGCCUGCUGGAGCCGACCAUGCUGGGGGGCUCCCCCUUCUUCACCUCCGUUCCGUCUGGGCGCGUGGGCAACAGCAAGGACGCCAUCUUCCGCUCCAACGAGCACUUCCGGGGUGCGGUGGCUGACCGCGAGGCGCUGGAUGUGGCCGAGCUGGAGUCGCGGCUGGGGCGCAAGCUGGAGAAGGCGGAGCGCGCGCGCAUCGGCGUGGGACAGCUGCGCCGCUUCCUGGAGCACCUGCUGCAGCGCAGGUACCUUGAGAACGUGCCCACCAUUGUUCCUGUGCUGGAGAAGGAGUACCGCAACGCCAGCAGGAGGCUGGAGGAGACGCAGGUGGAGCUUAACGACCUGCACCCGGAGAAGCUCAAGGAGAAGGGGCGCGUGUUCCGCGAGUCAUUUUUGUCCAAGCUGGCGCUGCUGCUGCGCGGCACAGUGGCGGCCCCGCCAGAGCGCUUUGGCGAGACGCUUGCGGACGAGCACAUCCGGGGCGGCGCGUUUGUGGGGCCCGACAACAAGCCCGUCAUGGUGAACGAGCAGCUGCCCAACGCGCACAUGCGGCUGUUUGGAGGCGCGCAGUACCACCGUGCCAUGGCCGAGUUCAGGGCAGGCAUCGGCACCAUCAACUGCCCCGACAUCUCCCGCGAGGAGAUUGUGAAUGCGUGCGGUAUUGACGACUUCCACGACGGAGUGAACUACACACGCACUGCAUGCGUCAUCGCGGUGUCCAAGGCUCGGGACCUGUUUGAGCCCUUCCUGCACCAGCUGGGCUACCGCCUGGCGCACGUGCAGCGCCGCAUGCUGCCCAUCGCCAUGCACCUGCUGCAGAAGGACGGCCAGUUCCUCAACGGCCACGACCUGUUCCUGAAGCGCGUGGGCGCCGCCUACCACGCCUUCAUCGACGAGUUUGAGAAGGGCAGCAGGACCAAGUGCAUGGAGGACCUGCAGAGCACCACCCGCUACGUCACCUGGUCCCUGCACACCAAGAGCCGCUCCUCCCUCAAGGCCAUGCUCAGCAAGGUCACCGCGCCCAGCGGCGCGCAGGCAGGCUCCGGCGCCAAGGGCAGCGCCUCCGCGGGCGAGGCGGGCGGCAGCGGCGCCACCGCCGACUUCCUGGAGAACACGCUGUGGAACCGCACGCUGGGGGCGAUGAGCGAGGAGAUUGUGGCGGCGCUGGUUUGCCAGAUCUUCGAGGGCAUCCGCGACCACUUCGUGCAGAGCGUGGAGCUCAAGUUCAACUGCUUCUUCCUCAUGCCCAUCAUCGACACCUUCCCCACCCGACUGCGGGAGGAGCUGGAGAGCGCGUACGAUGAGGACCUGGAUGAGGUGUUUGACGUGGCCGCGGUGCGCGCCGCGCUGGAGCAGCGGCUGAAGAGCCUGGAGCUGGAGCUGCACCAGGUGGAGCGCCUGCAGCGCAAGUUUGCCAUGAUCCACUCCACGCUGGCGCAGCAGCAGAGCCACGGCGCCAAGGGGGACCCCGACACGCCCAAGCUGCGGCAGAGCGAGGAGAACCCGCUCAACAUGAGCAUGCGCAGCAGCCUGCCGGGGGGCGGGGCGGCGGCAAACCUCAAGGCAUCCCAAGAGCUGGGCAAGGCGGCCACCAAGCUGGCCUCGCUCGACCUGAACAAGAGCGGCGCCGCGGCGGCUGCCCGCGGUGUGCUGUCCAGCAUGCGGUGAGGCAGGCGGCUGUUGGCGUGGAGCCGGCGGCAGCCAGCUGGUGCUGGCUGGCUCGCCCAGCCACCAAGACCGAUGAGGUUGAUUGAACUUAUGUGUCUAUGACCGCUUGUUUCUGUUUUCGCCGCGACAACGUAGCACCGUAUCAGACCCGACUUGACAGCCUGGCAUGGUGUUCGCCGUCGAUUAGAUUGGAGCCCCUGCAUGGUGCCUGUGACGACUUGCUUGACCCGUUGACGUGCCUCCUCUUCUCCUUGCUUGACGGCGCUGCCGCGCGCGGCGCUCAGUGUGAACUCCUUUGUAUUGAUCUCUACUCACUCGCUCUCAACGCACUUCUUAAUUUGCUAGUUGGGUGCCUGCCUGCCGCCAUUCCUCGGCCAAUCGUUCCUUUGCUCCUGGCAUACACUGCGGUGCAUGCUGCCAGACCGGCAUCCUCUCGUGUUUUCUCAUGUCAAGCACCAAACCUUGUAAGCACCCGUGAAU